AAUGUAGGUGUGAGUCCGCUUGCUGUAGAGGAGACUAUCCCUAAUGACAUACAACCAAAGGCGUACUUACCCAAGAGCACAGCUGAGUCGCAGCGUAUCAUACUGUAGUCUCAUCUGCCUUUCUUUUGCGGUUACUUUGCACAGAAACUCGGCAAAAUGACUUCCGGAGUCAGUGUACAUGAUGAGGUAGUCAUGCUGUUCCAAAAUAUGAAAAUGAAGAAGAUGUCAUCCCCAGAUGAAAAGAGGAAAAAGGCUGUAUUUUUCUGCCUGAGUGACGACCUCAAAUUCAUCAUUAUCAGUCCGGGCAAAGAAAUCCUGGUGGGGGAUGAGAGCGAUGAUCCCUAUGCUGAAUUUGUUAAUAUGCUCCCUCGGGAUGAGUGUUGCUAUGCCCUCUAUGAUGCAAGUUACGAGACUAAGGAUUCCAAGAAAGAAGAUCUGGUUUUUGUCUCCUGGGCUCCAGAAACUGCAAAAAUCAAAAGCCGGUUGAUUUACGCCAGCUCAAAAGAAGCAGUAAUCAAAAAAUUUACAGGUAUCAAGCACAGUGUGCAGGCUACUUCAUGGGAUGAGAUCAAGGACCGCUCUGUCAUAUGUGACAAGCUCGGGGGAGUUGUCUCAUUUGAAGGGAAGCCUGUGUAAAUAUCAUGUUUAUGGAAAUAUGUACUUUUCAAGAAGAAAAUAUCUCUUACUUUUUACUUUUUUUUUCUUUUGAACCUUGACCAUUCCAUUUGUAAGCCAGGCAGCAUGACUCUGAUCACCAUCUUGCACCCAUAAGAGGUCUUGGUUUUGUCAGCUUCCCCGUCCUGCGUCUAAAUGCUUGAGCAAAUGUGGACCGUAUGGCAAUGUGUGAAUCUUCAGUCUUUAUUUCCAAUUGUGCACUGCUGGGUAGAAAAUGCUGUCUUUCCAUUACAUCUAUGCAGAGGAACAAAUUAAUUGAUGGGCAAUUAGUGCUGCUCUAUCAAGGUUCCAGAGAGGAGGGGGAAGCUAAAUGCUUUCUUUAGUGUAGGUUCUUUGGUGACUUUAUUAUAUAAUUAAAAUAAUAAUAAUUAAAAUAUAAAGGAAGCAUUCAGUUUCCAUAGAAUACAGAACUGUCCUGUCCUGUUCACAAGCAGCAUGCUUCCGAACUGUAACAUUAACUGCAUUCCUUUUCCACCAAACUUGCAGUACAUUCCUUCUGACUGGGUUACGAGUCACGCAAGUCUUCCAACUGAAAGGCAACUUGAGAAGCACUUUUUUUUUUUCUUUCCACUGUAGUGUCUUUGAGGCAUCUUCGGGUUCUUAAUGAAUAAUCAUUUCUUGUGGUGGUCUUUAUGAUUUUUUAUUUUUCAGUUUUGCAUUAUUAUGCAGCCAAAUCAAAGUGAACAACGAAAUUACUCGUUUUUUAAAAUGGUAUGGUGAAGAUAAUGUGUGGUUAACAUCAGUGAUUUGAAGGUGGCAUUGUUGCCAGUCGUAAUAAAGCAAUGUAUCAAA